AUGGCCGUGUCCGCCAGCUCCCCGUCUUUGGGUGCGGCGAUCGUGGUUGCUUUCUCCGUGCUCUCCGCGGUGGCCUUCACGGCAUGCGGGCAGGGCAUGUCCGCGGCCCGCCCGUUCGGCGCUCCAGCCCCCGCCGAUCCUGAUGGGCCCUCGGUGACAAUCACCACCAGUCCGGCUCCGGGUAGGACCGCGUCCAAUCGGCGGGGCUGCCUCGCCUAUUGCCGCUCCAGGCUCGACGGGGCGCCGCCCUUCAAAGUGGUCAACGCCUCCACGGACGCGGGCUGCUGCGACCUCUGCUCCGCGGAUGCCAUGUGCAACGCAUGGGUCAGGGACAACCGGACGUCCCUUUGCGCGCUGAGGAGCGAGACCUUCGAUCCGGUCUUGGAUCCAGUGGCGAAUGAGAAUUUUGUCGCUGGCCUCCCGGAGGCGGUAUUGGAUCCAGCGGAAGCUGAUCUGGAGGACUGCCCGCCCCUGGGUGAGACGUGCGUGGCCUGUUCCACCAUCGAAUUCGCAGUUGACAGCCCUGUGGAUGACGACGGCGGUGGCCCGCGGCGAUUUCCGUGCUCCUCGUCCAGGGGGGUGGUUUUCACGGGGCGGCCCAUCAAUGGCGGGGGGCAGCGGACGGGCAGCGCGCAGGCGUGCUGCGACCUGUGCCAGAGGCGGGACGGGACCUGCUACCUGUGGUCGUGGCGCAGGAGCGACCGGCGGUGCUUCCUGAGGACCUUUGGAGGGCGGGCGAGGGACGGCAAUUUCGUGAGCGGGUCGCUGUUCUGA